ACACUUGACAUUUUCUUUUUUGCCUGUCUCGUAUGAGGCAUGUGCUUAGAUUAGAAUAACGAUUAGAUAUUGUCCGAUACUACUUACUGUUGUGAGUUAAUUUAAUUCAAUCUCAUUGUUGUUAAUUACGAAUCAUAAUGGCAGACACAUCUAACAAAGAACAGUCUGUUACCAAAGUUCCAAUGAUAUAUGUUUGUGGAGAAUGCCAUAGAGAGAAUGAAAUUAAACCAAGGGAUCCUAUCAGAUGUCGAGAAUGCGGAUAUCGAAUUAUGUAUAAGAAGAGGACCAAAAGAUUGGUCGUAUUCGAUGCACGGUGAAGCUGAACAAUUACGAGUUCUACGAUUUUACAUACUCCUGACAUAACCAUAAUUAAAGAUAAGUGAAUUAAAUGAUAUUCUGGUA